CUCACACCCACACUAACCUCAACCUCCAUGGCUUCUUCUUCUUCUCUCCUUAUCCUCCUCCUCCUCCCUACCUUCUUCUUCUUCCCUUUCCUCUCCCUCCAAUCCAACAACAACAACAACAACCAAUCCACCUUCAUCUCCCUCAUCAAACACUCUCUCUCCAGUUCCUUCUUCUCCACCUGGCUCCUUCCUUGCAAUGAAUUCAAACCCAACUGUUUCUGUGACUUUCCGGGCAUCACAUGUGAUGAUCUUGAUUUUGUUUCAAUGUUAAACCUCUCUUCCCGCUCCCUCGCCGGAGACUUUCCUCCCGGCAUCUGCUCCUACUUACCCAAACUCCGCACUCUCCGUCUAGAUAACAAUCAUAUCCAUAAUGGUUUUCCAAUUGACGUCCUCAACUGCUCCUUCUUGGAAGAACUCAACAUGUCUUACUCAAGCCUCACCGGAACUUUACCUGACUUCUCACCUCUCCGGUACUCCCUCCGCUCUCUUGACCUCUCCAACAAUUUCUUUUCCGGUGACUUUCCCACGUCUGUCACUAAUCUUUCCAAUAUAGAAGUCCUCAACCUCAACCAAAACCCGGGUUUCGACGUUUGGAGGUUGCCGGAAUCGAUCUCGAUGUUAUCCAAGCUGAGAAUUUUGAUCCUCUCCACCACUUCUUUGAGAGGAGACAUCCCGCCGUGGAUCGGAAACAUGACGUCACUCACCGACCUUGAGCUGAGCGGUAAUCUCCUCACCGGUAGCAUUCCGGCAACUCUUGGCAAGCUUCACAACCUUCAGUUUCUUGAACUCUACUACAACCGCCUCACCGGAGUUAUCCCUGAGGAACUUGGCAACUUGUCCAAGCUUAUUGAUAUAGACUUAUCGGUGAAUCAGUUAACCGGCGAGAUACCGGAGAAGCUAUGUGAGCUGCCGGAGCUUCAGGUCUUACAGCUUUACAGCAACAAACUCACCGGAGAAAUACCAAUGGAGCUCAGUAACUCAACUACACUCACAAUGCUAUCAAUAUACCGGAACUCGCUAUCCGGUAGAGUGCCUCCGAUGCUCGGAAAGUUCUCGGGACUUAUCGUGCUUGAGCUUUCGGAGAACCAGUUUUCCGGUGAGCUUCCUGCUGAGACUUGUGCCGGAGGACAGCUUCUUUACUUCCUGACACUUGGAAACUUCUUUUCCGGCACUUUGCCGGAGUCUUUAGGAUCUUGCCUUAGUCUCAUUAGAUUCAGAGUGAAUGACAAUCACCUCACUGGCACCAUUCCUGAAUCCAUCUUUGGUCUACCGCAUGCCUCCAUUAUUGAUCUUGGCUUCAAUCAACUCCAUGGUUCUAUUCCAAAAAGCAUUGCUGGUGCCAAGAAUUUGACUGGAUUGUUCUUGCAAAACAAUCAGAUUUCAGGUGCAAUUCAGUUGAGAUUUCUUUUGGCUUCUGGAUUGGUGAAGAUUGAUCUUAGUAACAACAAGUUGUCUGGACCCAUCCCUGAAGAAAUCUCAAGUUUGAGUAAACUCAAUCAGCUGUCAUUGCAAGGCAACAUGCUUGAUUCACCAAUUCCUUCUUCACUCUCCUCCCUCAAGUCCCUCAAUGUACUCAAUCUUUCCAACAGCCUCUCUGGUGAGAUUCCGGAAAGCCUGUGUCAGCUUCUUCCAAAUUCUUUGGACUUCUCGAAUAAUCGGCUUUCCGGCCAGGUCCCGGUGCCUCUGCUUAAGGAAGGUUUGAUAGAGAGUGUUUCCGGUAACCCAGGUUUAUGUGCUCCUGUCCAUCUCAAUGUCACAAGUGAUCAACUUCUUCUUCCUCUUUGCCCGCAACCGAGCUUGCGGAAGCGUCUCAACAAUGUUUGGAUCAUCGGUCUCUGCUUGAUGCUAUCGGUGUUUGGAAUUUUACUCCUGGCAAAGAAAUGGAUUAGCAAGCGGAACCAACAAGAGGAACAAGAGGGUAUAUCUUCUUCCUCUUCUUUUUCUUAUGAUGUUACGAGCUUUCAUAAGCUUAGUUUCGAUCAACAUGAGAUUGUCGAGGCUUUGAUCGACAAGAACAUAGUCGGACACGGUGGUUCAGGAACCGUUUACAAGAUAGAGCUAAGCAACGGGGAAUGGGUGGCCGUAAAGAAGUUAUGGACUAGAAAGGCGAAAGAUGGUUCUUCCGAUCGCUUGUCCUUUGACAGGGAACUCCGGUCGGAGGUCGAAACUUUGGGGAGUAUUAGACACAAAAAUAUUGUCAAGCUCUAUUGUUGCUUUUCAAGUCUCGAUAGCAAUCUCCUCGUCUAUGAGUACAUGCCAAAUGGUAACCUUUGGGAUGCUCUACACAAUGAAUGGAACUUCUUGGAUUGGCCUACUCGACAUCGGAUUGCGCUCGGUAUAGCGCAAGGUCUUGCUUACCUUCACCACGAUCUCUUGUUUCCAAUUGUUCACCGUGACAUCAAAACAUCGAACAUUCUUCUAGACGCUUCAUUCGAGCCGAAGGUUGCUGAUUUCGGCAUUGCAAAAGUCUUGCAAGCAAGAGGCCAUGACUACGAUUCCACCACCACGGUUAUUGCUGGCACUUACGGCUACUUAGCUCCAGAAUACGCGUACACAUUCAAAGCGACAACAAAAUGCGACGUUUAUAGUUUCGGUGUUGUGUUGAUGGAGUUGAUCACGGGAAAAAAGCCGAGCGAGCCAGAGUUCGGCGAAAACAGAGACAUCAUUCAUUGGGUGUCAAGUAAGAUUGCAAACAAAGAAGGGGAAACAGAGGUGUUAGACAAGAGAUUAUCUUGGAGCCCUUUCAAGGAUGAAAUGAUUCAAGUUCUUAGGAUUGCAUUAAGAUGCACUUGCAGCAGCCCAACUCUGCGCCCAACCAUGAAUGAAGUUGUUCAACUCUUAAUUGAAGCUGAUCCAUUCAAGUCUGAUGCAAUUACCUCACCAUCAUCCAAGUUCAAGUCGGCGAAAAACCCGACGUAACUGCCGGCAUUCGAAAGUACGGAAUAUUUACUUUUGCGAUCCCAGAUCAAAGUACAAAAUACGAAAUACGAAAUAUGAAAUAUGCAAUAUGCAUUGACAAAACACAAGCCUGAACAAAUGAAGCUUCUUGUUGGUCUCUUUUGAGCAUAUGAAUUACAUCAUAGACUAAGCUAUAGAAAAGUUAAGGUAGUGUCCUUAUAGUUAUAAAAGACAGAGAGAUAGAUAUCUUAGUUUUGGAAUGUUCUUGCACUCUUUGUCUCUGUAGCAUCUGGUGCUUUGCUUUCAAGUGGAAAAAUAAAAAAGGCAUAUAACAAUUAUUAUUAGUAUUUUUUUUCUUUUUUUAGAGUAUUCUCCUCCACUAUAUAUAUAUAUAUAUAUAUUUUGUAUGAAGGUGAUAUAAAGAAAUAAAGAGUGACAAAUGUGAGAGUAUGAUUUGGCACUCCAAAAAAGGAGGU